AUGGCCAUGUGCAGGGCUGAGCCGCGCGGCCUACGAAACCGCGCGGGCCGCGUCGUGUUGCUGGGCGCCUUCCUUGGCGUGCUGCGGCUGGUUGCUGAGCCCUCCUUCGCGGGAGCUGCGCCGCACCUGAGGCAAUCCGGGUGCCUGCGUGUGGGAAGUGCCGCAACGUGGCCGCCGCAUGAUGCUUUCUACAGGUCCAGAGCCAGGGUUACUUUUGGCGCUGUGGCGAAUGAAGGGAGCCUGGAUGAGCGUGAUGUCGAUUUCAUGGACCGUCUGCAGGGCCUGGCGGCGGAGGUGCUGGCGCUGCCAAAUCUGACGGCCCACCAGCGCCUUGUUUGGGUGACCUCGUUGCGCCUGAAUGCUGUGCCCGUGCAGGAGCUGCCCCCAUGGUUCUGGGAGUGCCGGAACAUCACUCGCCGGCCUCCAGGCGUUGACCUGCUGAGCCUGGACGGCCGCCGCGCCAUCCGCUGCUGUUCGGAGGAUGUGAGGUUUGCGCCGGUGAGACGCUUCCUGCGGCUGGCCAAGUGGGUCUACAAGGCGCUUGAGUGCAUGCUGGUGACGAGCAGCCCCGAUGUGCUCUCAAAGCAGUCCAAGAAUUGGCUGCGCAGAUCCAAGACCAAGCGACAGACCUUGCCUUCCACAACACCUCGUCGCUCUACAAGGCUUAGCAGAGAGGCCUCGGAAGUUGGCCAAGCAAAUUCUUCAGAUCCCCGGCUGCGGCCGUGCCAGCGGGACUGCCUGGAGGCUUGUGCGAAGGGCGCCCGGGUCAUUGAGAUGGCCUGCGGCACUGGCAAGACGCGGGUCAUCAAGGAGUUGGUGCAAAACAUCUCAGGGAGAGUCCUGAUAACGCUGUCUUUACGUGCCCUCCUGGAGCAGUUCGCAAUCGAUUUCCCAAGUUUUGGCAAAGUUGGCACGGGUUACAACAAGGAUAUCGACUGGACGGCUCAAGGGUUCCUUGCUGUGACAGACUCGGUUCACCUACUUGAGCAGUUGGAAUUUGAUGCCAUAUUUGUGGAUGAAGCUCACCAUCCACUACCAGCAGGAUUUCCAAAGAGCCAAGAAGUGUAUCGCUUUUCUGCCACCCAUUGUGAUGAGCCAGACUUCCGCUACAGCAUGGGCCAGGCCAUGGAGGACAGAAUCUUGUGUGAUUACGACCUCACGGUACCGGUUGUGACGCCUCAUCAUGGGCACACUUACUUGAGCUUGGCAAGCCUUCUUUCAAAGCAAGCCGGGCGCUUUAGGCGGGUCCUCGCUUACUGCAACUCGGUACGUGAAGCCAAGAACUUCCUCAUAGUGCUCGAGAAGCUGGGCAUGGCUGCUUGGCACAUGAACGGUGACACCCCGCCUAAGAAGCGGAAGGAAAUCCUUGAGCAGUUUGCGGGCGCCUUGCGGAAGCCAGUCCAUGUGCUGGUCACGGUUGAGGUGCUCGGGGAGGGCAUCAACAUCCCCAACGCUGACACUUGCAUGUUUGUGGAACCACGGAGCAGUUACCGGAGCAUCGUGCAAGCAAUUGGCCGUGUGCUGCGGCCUCAUCCUGCAAAGCCGCUUGCGCACAUUGUCCUGCCUGCAGUCGCUUUGCCCCCAGAGGGUCCGAGACAGGAGGUGCUUCCGGCUGUCGGCAGCACGAGUGUCAGCCCGCAAAUUCCUGUUGGGCUUGCGGGGGGCUCAGCGGUUGCGAAUCCCAGUGUGCUGGGACACAAUUGCUAUGCUGUUCAGGGUGCUCAGGAAGCUUGCGUGACAUUGAUGGAGAAUGGCGUCGCCAAGCUUCCGAAACUGACACAGGCUAGUUCUGAUGACGCACGCUUGCGGCUGAAGGAAGCAAGGCACGAGGGCAAACUGCCUUUGCAAUCACGCAACAUUUUGGACAGCAGCCAACCCGAAGACCAACUAAGCGAGCGGCUUUCAAUGCAAGGUUGGCAAUCAAGCAGUCUUCUCGACACAAGUGACCCUGCUCAGCAAGAUGCCAGCACUGCUGAGAAAUGCCUUGGAACCAAAAGCCCUUGCUUUCCAGACCUGGCUGCAGCUGGUGCAGCCGACCCAAACAGAAACUCAGAGCUUGUCUCACUUGGCUUGCGCAGGGUGGUUUCUGCUGGCGCUGCCAUCUUGAACCCCCACCUAGCAACCUCAGCGUGUCGGUAUACUGCGAAGGGAUAUGCAGCUGGAAAUGCAGUUGAAGCUGCAAAGGGGCGUGCCACCUGCACAACAGCUGCUGAAUUCCGACAUGAGUUUCAGGCACGUGUGCCCACUGCAAUGAACCAUGAGGCUUGCGCGCAUUCAGAAACGUUUUGUUCAAAGCCUGCAGCUGAUGGCACAGCGGGGAAAGAAGGAAAGCGCGGAGGAGCGGCUGCUGUCCAGCCAGAUUGGAAGGCAGACGACCGGCUUCUGGUGAGCGCACCAGUUGCAAUGCAACAUUUCCCAGGAGGUGGCAAGGAUGAAUAUCAAAAGGAGGAGGAAAGGCAUAGUGAUAACGUGGAUUUGGCCCCAAGGCAGCACCAACGUUCUUGGCGGCAGCUUUCUCUUCAAGUGCGCACAGCAAGUAGCAGGCAUGGCUUCAGCAGCGAGCUGCAAAGGUUUUUUGCCGCUUUGGCUCAGGCAGACCACCGUUUACUUCGACUGGGGCAAACGUUUAGGCAUCGCGUCCAGGUCAUCGACUGCACGGCAGCCCAGCAUGUAAAACUGGAUGAAGUCACCUGCGCAGUCCACGCUGAGCUUGCGGCAGUCCUGCGCAACACCGAUCCUUGGGAGGUGCGCUUCAGAGAAUUGGAGGAUUUUGUCAGCACAGUUGGCAGGCUUCCCAAAGAACGGGUAGAGCGGAUUGAGGAGAGGACGCUGGGCCAUUGGCUUACUUCGCAAGGCAAGCGUUUUCGUGCGAAUUUUCUGCUGCCUCACAGGUUGCAUAAAUUGCUCAACGCAUCGUCACCCUUGCUGCGAGAGCGCGUGCAAAAGUGGUUGAGUCCGCGGAAGGCUUUCGAGCAAAAAUGCCAGGAGCUGCAAGAACACAUCGAGGCCACUGGCUCACCGCCUUCGUUCUCAUGCGAAUCUGCUGAACGCAAGCUGGCCAUAUGGCUAUAUGCGCAGGCUCGCCACAGAAAGCUCUCCACAAUCAGGAGGAGAAUCCUAGAAGACGUUCACCCCUCAGUGAAGGAUUUGCUGCGCUCUUGGGCAAAGACACCAGUGCGAGUGAAUGCCAAACUCUGGCACCGGCGGAGGCUUGAGCUGCUCGACUUUGUUGCGAGGGAAGGCUGCCUGCCAACGGAUGUCGGCGGGCGCGGACUGUAUUCCUGGCUUCAGCUUCAGCGCCGACGUUUCCACCAUGGCCAGCUGCCGGCGGAGUUGAUGCUUGAGCUUCAAAGGUCGCAUCCACUCAUUGCGGAGCUUCUUCACAAGCGGCGGGACAGCGCUCGGCGAGGAGAUGCCACUGCAGUGCCAGGCAGCAUUGCGAAGUAG